AUGAAUUUCGCUUCCUGGAUUGCAGCUGUGCUUUUAUACGUCAAUUUCGCCCUCGCGUUGCCGGUAGGCAAGCGGUUCUACCAGGCCACCUCGCCUGUGUUCAGUCUCAUUGCCCACCACCAGGGUAAGGAGUUCCAGUACAACUUGGUCAAGUUCAAUGGCGAGGACUUGGAGUUGGGCGUCGAUGAGCCUGCGUUCUUUGGCAGAAUCAGAGCCAACCAGGGCUACGUGCUCAACAUCCCUUUUGGGAACAGUUCCAAUGGUACUUUUUCCCAGUCGCAAAACUCUUCCAACACCACCUAUCCAUUGAACACCAACGUGUACGUCGACAAGGCAGGCAAAUUGACCACCACUGCCAACAACACCUCCUCGCGUGGCUUUGGUAUUAGUGGCUCGUUGUUGACCUACCAGAACUCGACCAAAUUCCUUGCGUGUCCCGUGAUUGCCGCAGGCCGCGCCAACCGCACCUUACGCACCAACACCACCCGUCUUAACGACACGCUUGGCUACGACAUUUACUUCAAGGGUAACUCGUCUGCCGCCUGUCCUUACAACCUCACCGGGUACGACAUCUCGUUGUUGGUGCAGGUGUCGGCCACCGUCAACUACUCUCCCGAGACCAACACCAACAACUUCAAGAAAAGGGAGUCCAAAAGGUUCUGGUUCUUCUAG